UGUGGUGCGCAGGCGCGGUCAGGUAGGCGCUCUGGCCAGAGGCACCGUCGCUCCUUCCGCCGUCCCGGCAGGCCCCGCGCGGCGCCUGCGCGUUGAGUGACCUUUCCGAGUCGGCGGUUCUGAGUUGGGGCUUUCUGAGCCUCUGGUCCUUGGCCGAGAUGCUUCAGAGUCUUAUUAAGAAAGUUUGGAUCCCCAUGAAACCCUACUAUACCCAAGCUUACCAGGAGAUUUGGGUAGGAACGGGGUUGAUGGCCUACAUUGUUUAUAAAAUCAGGAGUGCUGAUAAAAGAAGUAAAGCCUUGAAAGCUUCCAGCGCCACUCCGGCUCAUGGUCAUCAUUAACCAGCUUUCCGCGGAUGGGACAUCGGCCUGGCUGUGCUCUGGGAACGUGGGACCCCGUGUUGAGAUGCCGCUGCCCUCGAGCCUGAAUAAACAUACCUGUGAGACCCA